AUGAGUUUGCUAGGUGAUUUGAUUUCUCUCAUUUUCCGUACUAACGGCUACAAUGAUGCCGCUAGGCGGAGAACUUGAGAAAGCUUUCGCUAUUUAUGAUCAUCUCAGACAAGGACCAAAAGCUGAAUAUUAUUAUAAGUGGUCCUUACUUAGUUUUAUUGUAUGCCUGACCAUUCAUCAUAUUAUCAGCCCUUGGAUAUUUAGUCGAUACAAUGCAUCAUAUCGCAAUCUUCCUCGAGGUCAAAGAAUGGAAUGGGAUUCACGUGCAGUAUCAUCUAUACAUGCAACAAUUGUUAGUGUUCUAUGUGUAACAACGCUAGUUACUAAUUAUGACCUGUGGAACCAUCCUAUUACGUGUGUAUCUCAUCCUGGUCUUAUUGCGUUAUCCAUUUCUAUCGGUUACUUUCUAUGUGAUGCUGUUUCUAUGCCAUUCUACUGGUGGAACAGGCAAUUGAUUAUAUUUCUUUCACAUCAUUUGGCCGCAUCAUUUGCAUUUUAUCAUGUUAUUCAAUAUCGAACUUGUGUAUUUUUCGGAGUGUAUCGGUUGACAACUGAGUUGUCUACACCAUUUGUCAAUCAAAGGUGGUUUUAUCGUACAAUCGGCUACAAACCUGAUCGUCGACGUGUUGCAUGCGUCACACUGAUAUUCGCAGUAUUCUUUAUUCUCACCCGGAAUUUAAUGAUUCUACCAUUUUGGUAUAUAUCUUUUAUAUCUUAUAAAAGUGAAGCCUAUAAAAUAUGCAUUCAAUCCUUUCCACUAAUGACCACUAUCUUUGUGACUACAUGUGGCCUAUUGGAUUGUUUAAAUAUUCACUGGGCAUUUCGUACAUGUCGUAUCGGUUCAAAGGCUAUUAAAACUCUAUCAACUGUUGAUUGGCAAAGUGAUAUUCGCAAGGCUCAAGCACGUAUACACAAACGUCUGCGUAAUCUGCACAGACGUGUUGUGACAAAAGACGCAAGGGGGAAUAAUGUCACAUCCCUAACAGAUAAUCAUUUCAGUGAAACUUCAUUGAUGAACAGUGUUACUAUGUGUAGUAGUAGUGGAAUGUCAUCAUCGAGUUAUUCAACUGACAGUGAACAUGAAUCUGUGUGCUCAGAUGUCGGUGAAUUUCCAGUGCCUGCUGUAAAUGAUGACCAAGAGAAGGAGCAGCAGGAGGCGGAGGAGCAGGAUGUGGUAAUUACAACUACUAAUGAAAAUGCCUCUUCUAAUUGUACACAGGAUGGUGAUAAUAAUAAUAAUGACACUGAGUUAAUACAUCGUGUUGAUAAGCAAGAGAUUGAUUGAUUGAUUUGUCGAUUGAUUCAGUAUGCAUCCAUUGAAUGAUUCAAUAUUCUGUGCACUGAUUUACUCAAUAUUUAUUAAAUUACACCUUGUGUUCGACUUUGGCAUAAUAAUAAUAAUAUUAAUAAUAAUAAUGGCAAUAAAAUGCAAUAAAGUGUGUACGUUCGUGUAUACAAUGAGAUCAUUCACCUUUUUUUUCUUCUUUUGACUUAUUGAUUGACCUCAUACGCUGUGUUGCGUCAAACUUCAGAGUACUCUACACUAAUUAAUCCAUGUUGUGCAAAAUGUAGUCUUCUUCUUUUUUUUUAUAUGAAUACACUUAAAUUAUUAUUAUUAGUAUUAUUACUAUUUGUAAUAUUCCUAUCACAGCUGUCUUAUCAUCAUAUAUUAUAAUAUAAAGAUUCAAAGUCUAUUCACAAAUCCAAGAAUAUUUUCCACUGAUGACUGACUACUAUUCCUGUACAGUUUUUACAAAGUGAACUCCUCUUAUCUUUCUCUUCCCGUCGCCACCCUCCCCCCUCUCGUUUAUUUCAUUCAUCAUAUUUUAUGUUGUUCUGUUUUGUUUUUUAUUAUUGCAGCACACAAUGUCAUUUCAUCUAUUGAUUUCAUAUUCCUUUAAAAAACAAAACAAAUGUUGAUUCUUAUUUUUUAGCAUUCAAAUUUUGAAAUAUGAUUGUUUAUGUAUAGAAGGUAAGGCAGUUCUAUC